AUGUCUCGCAGAACGACCCGCAAGAUCGAUUACACGGAAUUGGACGAAGAAAUCAUCGAGACGGCCGUCGUCCCGGUUUCCACGCCCAAAAAAGUUCGUAAAGCAGUGACGGUUGUGUCCACUGAAGUGGUCACCCAAGCCGAGAAGACGACACCUACAAAAGGCUACAAAAAAGUUAAGGCAGAAGCCGACUCGGAGGAGGAAGAUACCGCAGCGCCUGCGAAGUCUCCAGCAAAGGCCAAGGUCAACAAAGUGAAGGCCAAGACUGCCCUCGAGGGAGAUCCAGCAUCGAAACCAAAGAAGGCCCCUGCGAAACGCAAGGCCAAAACAGAGGACGACGACGAGGAGGAGGGAGCCGACGACAAUAAGGUCAAGAAGAAGAGGAAGACAAAGGAAGAAAAGGAAGCUGAAGCAAUGCCGCUCGCUGAAAGGACCGCGAUUGGAGCUCUGAAGAAAGCUAUGCACAUCGGGGCUCAUGUCAGUGCGGCUGGUGGUGUACAAAAUUCUAUAAACAAUUCCCUUCAAAUCGGUGGAAACUCCUUCGCUCUGUUUCUCAAAUCACAGCGUAAAUGGGCCAGCCCUCCCCUCGCCCCCGAAGCUCGCGACCAAUUCAAAGCAUUCUGCGCAGAGCACAAAUACGAUGCUGGAAAGCAUGUCCUUCCACACGGCUCAUAUCUUGUCAAUCUUGCCCAAGCCGAACCUGAGAAGGCCGAUCAAGCAUAUACGUGUUUCGUGGAUGAUCUCCAAAGAUGUGAGGCACUAGGUAUUAAACUUUACAACUUUCAUCCCGGCAACACAGGGAAGAACCCACGUCCGGAGGCCAUUGCACGAAUUGCUGCCCAGCUAAAUAAAGCACAUAAGGCAACUAAGACUGUGGUUACAGUGCUCGAGAACAUGGCUGGGGGUGGAAAUGUGAUUGGUUCCACAUGGGAGGAUCUUCGGGACAUCAUUGCUCUCAUCGAGGACAAAUCGCGUGUCGGUGUUUGUAUCGACACCUGCCACACUUUCGCCGCAGGGUACGAUCUGAGGUCACCCGAGGUAUUCAAGAAAACGAUGGACAACUUUUCAGCCGUGGUUGGGAUGCCAUAUCUGAAAGCUCUCCAUCUCAAUGAUAGCAAAGCUCCAUUUGCAUCACAUCGGGAUCUGCACGCGAAUAUCGGAACUGGAUUUCUUGGACUGAGAGCCUUUCACAAUGUUCUAAAUUUCACCCCUUUCCAAGAUCUUCCAAUGGUUCUCGAGACACCUAUCGAGAAGAAGGGCACAGAUGGCAAGGUUGUCGAGGACAAAUCAGUGUGGGCCACAGAGAUCAAACUUCUGGAAGGCCUCAUUGGUGCAGAUCCGGAUACUGAGAAUUUCAAAACAGAGGAACAACGCCUGCAAGAUUUGGGGGCCGAGGAGCGGAAGAAGUUUCAAGGUCAGGCGGACAAGAAACAGCAAAAGACCCUCGACUCGAUGUUCAAGAAGGCAUCCCCGAAGAAAAAGAAGAAUGCCAAGACGGAAGAUGAUGGUGACUCUGAUGCCAGCGAGGGAGGAUGUAGUCAUUGA